CUCUGAAACGUUGCCCGGAGGUAAACAAAGAUGGCGUCGCUGCUCAACCUGAAGGACUAUGGCAGCGGGAGUGAGAGUGACAGCGACAGCAUUGGCGAGGAAUCUUUACAACAUUUGCGGCCGAUCGAAAGCGGCAACACUAUCUCUAAGCAAUUACAGUUUGUGGUUAAUCCGGAGGUGACGUCAACGAAAGAGCUAGAUGACCGCCGCCACUUAGACCCACAAGAGAAGGAGCUGAAAUACAACCCAAAGUAUGAUGAACUGUUUGCUCCAACUCUGGGUCCUUACAAGCCAGAGUCGGACUACCACAAAGUGAACCGCAAUACUCUUGCUGGACAUGUUGAACCUGCGCACUUCAAUCAUUUUGAAUUUGAGUCUCAGAGACGCACAUUUACAACUUAUGGGUAUGCUGUUGACCCAUCCAUAUCUGGACAUCCUGAUGAUGGAAGAAGAUACAUCGGAGAUACUGCUACAGCCAAGGAAACUUCCGGGAUAACAGUGUUUGAGACAAAAUAUCCUACUUUUUGUGUGUGUAAGUAA